AUGGACGGCCUCCGUCUCCGGGGGGACAUCGAGGUCACCUUCUGCACCGUCCAACCACCGCAGGUCUCCUACCUCUGCGUCCACACCACCGCCACCGACCACACUGUGUUCGCCGUCCGGCCUAAUAUAGUUGCCACAGAGACUGACGGCGGCCUCGUCCUCCUAUGCGUCGCCGUCGGCGACCGCCCAUCCGAUGCCAUGUUUCGCCACAAACGACACUACUUCGUCUACGACGCCAGCGUCCCCGAGCUCAAGCACAUCAAGCAGCCCGGCGACGACCACCCAGUCAACGAGCGGUCGUUCGCCAUUGUGCGCAAACCUGACCGCAGCUACGUCCUCGCCGCACAAGCCGGUGUGUUCUUCGGAUACCGCAACCCUUCUGCUCACCUCUGCCUGUAUAACUCCGGUACCAACUCCUGGAGCAAACUGCGGGUGAAUGUCGAUUCAGUCCCCUACGACGAGUUCAUCACAUACAAUGCAUUCACCGUCGGAGGAGAUAAAGGCACAGUGGCCUGGGUAGAUCUCUCACAUAUGAUCAUCUUCUGCAACGUGCUGGACAAACGCCCCAAGCUUCGUUUCCUAAGACUACCGAUCCAGCCGACGAAUGCAGGUGGAUUGCCGGCUGUUCGGGACGUCUCGGUCCUUGAUGGCUUCAUCAAGAUGGUCGAGCUGCAGCACCGUGCCAAUGGUUGGAAGGCCACAAUAUGGAGCAUCAAGACUGGUAUCUUCUCCAAAAUGGCUUGGCGCGUCGAUUACCAGUUCGAUUCGUCUGAUAUACCCGAACCGUCGCUGCCUAAGCUGAAGCUCCCUGAAGGUGUCACGGCUCAGCCUACCUUGUCGACUCUCCAUAUUGGCCUGCCCAAGCUGAGCCUGCCAGAUGAUGGAAUUCUUUAUUUACUAGCCAAGAUUGACUACCGUGACAGGCAGCACACAGCGUGGGUGCUUGCUGUUGACAUGAAGAACAAGACUGUCCAGAGAGUGGCCGGGUUUAGCCCUAAGAGGGCUAUUGGUUUAUGCAGGGGCUACGAUUCAAGUACAAUCUCCAAAUAUCUCAAAGUUGCUUCAGGUACAAAAGAAAAUUAA